UCAAUAUAAAGCAGCUCCAUUCUUCAGCACGAACAAUAUUAGAGGAGUCAAUGCACUGUCGAGGUAGUGCAAAAUCUAGUCAAAUAAAUAAACUAUUUGCUGUUGUUCACAACCACCUACAAUCUUUUUCUUUUAUACAAAGAAUAACAAAAUAACUAUCUUCAAUUUAAAAUGUGUGACGACGACGUAGCAGCUUUAGUAGUAGAUAAUGGAUCAGGAAUGUGUAAAGCAGGAUUUGCAGGAGAUGAUGCUCCACGUGCUGUAUUCCCCUCCAUUGUUGGAAGACCUAGAUAUCAGGGAAUCAUGGUUGGUAUGGGACAAAAGGAUAGUUACGUGGGAGACGAAGCACAAAGCAAAAGGGGUGUUUUAACGGUUAAAUAUCCAAUCGAGCAUGGCAUUGUAACAAAUUGGGAUGACAUGGAAAAAAUAUGGCACCAUACAUUCUAUAAUGAACUAAGGAUCGCUCCGGAAGAACAUCCUGUUCUUUUGACCGAAGCUCCUUUGAACCCUAAAGCUAACCGAGAAAAGAUGACACAAAUUAUGUUUGAAACUUUUAAUUCUCCAGCAAUGUAUGUCGCUAUACAAGCUGUUUUAUCGCUUUACGCUUCAGGCCGCACUACAGGCAUUGUUCUAGAUAGCGGAGAUGGAGUUUCACACACAGUCCCGAUUUAUGAGGGAUAUGCGUUACCACAUGCAAUUUUACGUAUGGACUUGGCUGGCCGCGAUUUAACAGAUUACCUUAUGAAGAUUCUAACGGAAAGAGGAUAUUCUUUUACUACAACCGCGGAGCGUGAAAUUGUUCGAGAUAUUAAGGAAAAAUUGUGUUACGUUGCUUUGGACUUUCAGCAGGAGAUGGCUACGGCUGCUGGUUCAAGUGCCCUGGAAAAAAGCUAUGAAUUACCAGACGGUCAGGUGAUCACUAUCGGAAACGAACGUUUUCGAUGUCCAGAAGCAAUGUUUCAGCCAAGUUUCCUGGGCAUGGAGUCGUGUGGAAUACAUGAAACAACUUAUAAUUCAAUUAUGAAAUGUGAUGUCGAUAUUCGUAAGGAUUUGUAUGCGAAUUCGGUUCUAUCAGGCGGUACUACCAUGUAUCCAGGUAUCGCGGACAGGAUGCAAAAGGAAAUAACGGCACUGGCUCCGUCCACGAUGAAGAUCAAGAUAAUCGCGCCUCCGGAAAGGAAAUACUCUGUCUGGAUCGGUGGUUCAAUCUUGGCCAGCUUAAGCACCUUUCAGCAAAUGUGGAUCUCGAAACAAGAGUAUGAUGAAUCAGGACCAUCUAUUGUGCACCGAAAGUGUUUCUAA